GCCCCGUCCCAGACACCGCCCUCUGCCCGGCCCUGCUCCCCGGCUCCCCUAACCUGUCCAACCAUGGUGAACCUGGGCCUGUCCCGGGUGGACGACGCUGUGGCUGCCAAGCACACGGGUGCAGGGACCGAGGGAAUGGAGAGAGGAACUUAGCCACGAACCCCUCCCCUAUCCCAGGGACUCGAGGAAUAUGCCGCGUGCCAGUCGAACGCCUUCAUGAAGGGUGUGUUCACCUUUGUCACAGGCACCGGUGCGACUUUUGGCCUGCAGAUGUUCAUUCAGAGAAAGUUUCCAUAUCCUGUGCAGUGGAGACUGUUGGUGGCCGCGGUUGCAGGCUCUGUGGCCAGCUAUGGGGUAACUAGAGUGGAGACUCAGAAAUGCAGCAACCUCUGGCUCUUCCUGGAGACAGGGCAGCUCCCCAAAGACAUGAACACAGAUCGUCACAGCUAGGAGAGAGCUCCAUCUGCUGGGGUGUGGAGUCCUGGACCGCCCAACUCCUGACUGUCCCUCCCCACCUCCCCUCCACACCUUUAAGCGCCCUCUAUCCUCUACACAUAGGCAUGGUCAGGGCUGGCCCAAACCCAGGACCUGCCCAGCAGGCCAGCUCAGAAAGGCCUGAAAGGGACGUCUCCUCCAGGGAAGUAAGAAGCCAGGCCAUCACUGUGAUCCAGAGAGGGGCGUGUCCCGUUGCAGGCAACUGGCAGAAGGGAUCUGUGUGCCCUGCUGGCUUUAUUCCCAAGUCCAAGGAGACAUCGGGUACUGCAGGUGUGGUGCUAAUAAACAGCUUGUCCUUUUUCCCACUGAA